AAUAGAUACGUAGUAGGCUGUGGUAGUAGGUAGUAGUAUCUCCUUCUGGGUCUGUGGUCAGAAGUAGAAUAGAAAGUUAAAAUUUGGUUUUUCUGUUAAGUUUAUUAAACUUUAAAUUAAAUAUUAUAUUUAAAGAUUUGGAAAUUAUAUGAUGGUGCUUUUUUUUCUCACUUGAACUUAGUAAUAAUAUUAUUAAGUAAAUUGCCAUUAUAAACUUAUUCUUUACAAUUUGUGCCCUAAAAUGGAAUCAAACGACAGCCUAGACGAUAAAGACAGUGGGCCAGAAGUCCAAAUCAACCUCCCUAACUCUGUGAUUAGCCGUAUCGAGGAGUUGAUGGGUGGAACUGAACAGUUUGAUAGUGACGAGUUUGAUGCAGUAGCAUACAUAAACAGAGUAUUUCCAACAGAGCAAUCAUUGUCUGGUGUAGAGAGUGCAGCUGCUAGAUGCGAGUUUCGUCUCUCAGGUGUAGAACAGGAUAUAAGGCGUCUAGUUCGUGCCCAAGCCGAGCAGCGUGCUGCAGGGCAAGCGGCGUUGUUAGAAGCACAGCGUUGUAUUGCUGAAUUAGCUCUACAGGUGGCUGAUAUAAACAAGAAAGCUGAACGCAGUGAGAGCAUGGUUCGUGAGAUAACGUUAGAAAUUAAACAACUGGACUGUGCUAAAUGGAACUUAACUGGAGCCAUCACUGCACUCAACCACUUGCACAUGCUAGUGGGUGGGGUUGGUGCGUUACGACAGAUGACAGCCGCUAGACAGUAUAAGGAGUUAGCAUUACCGAUGCAAGCCAUUAUGGAGGUGUUACAGCACUUCGAGUCGUACCGUGAGAUCCGGGAGUUGAGCACGCUACGUGACCAGGUAUACGAAAUACGUAGCCAACUGGCCACUCAAAUCCUCGCAGAUUUCAAAGAAACCUUUACUGCUGGGAGUAAAAGUACGGUUUCUCACAAGACAUUGUCGGAAGCGUGCGCGGUAGUGGACAUACUAGAUCCUAAAGUCAAACGAGAAUUACUACAGUGGUUCAUUGGGAUGCAGCUCCAAGAAUACCAACAUCUAUUUUCCGCUGAACAAGAGUGCGCUUGGCUACCACACGUGGAAAGAAGGUACGCGUGGCUCAAGAGACACUUGUUGACCUUCGAAGAUACACUUGGAAAUAUGUUUCCGAUGUCAUGGAAGCUCAGCGAAAGGAUAGCCAGACAGUUCUGUCAGAUAACUCGUGGUGAAUUAUCGUCCAUGAUGGCGGCGCGUCGAAGCGAACUCGACGUGAAAUUGCUACUUUACGCAAUACAGAAGACGUACAACUUCGAAUUGUUACUACACAAAAGAUUUACUGGAACAGAUUUAGGGUCUGAGAAUAUGGAUCCAUCGGCGUUGGAUAAGCAAGAUGGAUUUGAAUCUGAAGGCAAAGAGAAUGAAUCCACAAAUGAAAUAGUAGACACAAAAGUGGGGGGUGAUGAGGGUGGGGAUGAGUCAGCUUGGGUCCGUUCUAUAGGGGCGUGCUUCGAGCCUCACUUGUCGUUGUAUAUACACAGUCUCGAUGCCAACUUGCGAUCUUUCAUGGAUAGAUUCGUUCAGGACGCUAAGUCAGUGGACGCGGGCGCUGGGAUAGGAUCAGGCGCUGGCGCAGUAAUGGCGUCAUGCGGGGAUCUGUUCCUGUUCUAUAAGAAGUGUUUAGUGCAAUGUGCUAGACUUACUACUGGCGAGCCCAUGUUAGAGUUGGCCGGAGUAUUCCAGAAAUAUCUUCGAGAGUACGCGUCCUCAGUGCUAGCGGCUGCUUUGCCGCGGAACGGUGGAGGCAGCGGGAGCGGUAGCGGGGUUGCCGUACCCACUCUCGUAUCCAAUCUUCAUACGUUACUCAAAGACGACACAGCCAAUGCUAGGUACACGAAACAAGAGAUAUGCAAGAUCACAAGUGUUAUAACAACGUCGGAAUACUGUCUGGAAACGACUGUACAUUUAGAACAAAAACUCAAGGAGAAAGUAGCCAAGAAUCUCUCAAAUAAAAUAGAUUUAACGCCCGAGCAAGAUCUGUUUCACAAAAUGAUCAAUAAUUGCAUACAAAUGUUGGUUCAGGACUUAGAGUUGGCAUGCGAGCCGGCACUCCAAGCUAUGACGAAGAUAUCCUGGCUAAGUUUCGAUAACGUUGGGGAUCAGAGUUCCUAUGUCACUCAAAUAAUAAUGCACUUGAAGAAUACAGUGCCGUAUUUGAGGGAUAAUUUGGCGUCCUCAAGAAAAUACUUCACACAGUUUUGCAUACGAUUCGCGAACUCUUUCAUACCGAAAUUCAUUCAGAACAUUUACAAGUGCAAGCCCAUUUCCACAGUAGGUUCCGAACAAUUACUUUUAGAUACUCAUAUGUUAAAAACUGCUCUAUUAGAGCUGCCAUCUAUCGGUUCUGAAGUGAAACGUCCAGCACCAGCUAUGUAUACUAAGGUUGUUAUAAAACUAAUGACAAAAGCUGAAAUGAUAUUGAAACUGGUGAUGGCGCCAAUAGAUGGUAGUAUGGAAGGUUUCGUAGCUCAAUUCGUGCAGUUACUACCGGAAUCUACUAUAACUGAAUUUCAUAAAGUCUUAGAUAUGAAAGGUGCCAAGCUUUCUAAAACGCAACAGGCUUCCUUGGAUGCUCUAUUUAAAGAAACUACCAAAUCUGUGCAUAGUGAAGAAAGCAAAUCCUCACAGUAUUCAUGGAAUAAUUUGUCCACUCGCGGGUUUUUUGAUAAUUUCACCAAGGAUAGCACGACAGGAAAAUAAUGUUUUAAACAUCAUUGGUUUAUUUUUCAAGAUCGUUAUUGGCAAGAAAAUGUUCCUCAAUCAUAUUCAAAUAAAAUUGUAAAUCAUUAAGUUAAUAUUAUGUAUGUCUUAAGAGUUUUAGUUUUCCUUGUUUUCGCUUUUCUUAUAUUUUGCGAAUUAAGACAUACAGGGUUAUUUGUACUGUGUCGUGAAAUUUUAAGUCUAUGUUUAUUGAUAAACUAAAGAACGACGAUAAUUCGCUCACUGUGAGCCAUACGCGCUUAAAGUUAUUAAUAUUCGAACAGUAAAUUAAGUUUUAUUUUUGUAUUAUUUAAAAAAAACCUGCAACGAAUAUUGGUUAUUGGUUUUUUAUAAUUAACCCUGUAUAAGCCUAAGAAUAAUAAUAUUUUAUACUUCCGCACUUAUUUAAAAAUAACGAGUUUCAAAGCGCCUUUAAUUUUUUAAAUUAUUUUUAGGUGUUUUAAAUCCUUUUCGAGAACCUUAAUUAUUCGUGAUAUUAUUAUAUUCGUAUUAUGCGAAUGAGACACGAUAAGUAUUUGUGACAAAGACAAUUGUCAGUUAAAACAAUCAUCACACUUUUUUUUGUAUAUUUUAUGUCUCACUCGCACACUCUGCACCAACUAUCUGAAACAUUAAUUAAAAUUUUGACAUUACAUAGUGUUUAUAAGACUUGAAUUACGAUUUUUGCAUAUUUUAAUUAUUGGAUGAUUUUAAUUUUCCGUCCAAACAAAUAACAGUUGUGUGUGUAGCGAACUUUAUGUUAAUUAGUCGACGUCUUCUUAAGGAUUUGUAAUAAUUUGACCACUGUAAUUAUUUGCUUUAAGUAUUAAUAAAAUGUGCCUAAAUUACCAUUCCAGAAAAUUAUUUAGAAAGAGAAUGUAAUUAAGUGUUUAUGUGCAAUAUGUGUUAUUGAAUAUAUGCGAAUGUAUUUAUUGUGUAUUUUUAUGGAAUAAAAUUAAUAAGCG